AUGGACAGAGAGACGCGCGUCUACGCCGAAAAUCAUUUCCGAGGCCUGCAGGGGCGGCCCCCAGGCGGCGCCUGCCCGCCCCCAGGCUGCGUGGACUUCAUCGAGAAUCCGGACUCGUUUUCCUACGCCGACUUCUUCAAGGGCUACCUGCUUCCCAACAUGCCGUGCGUCUUCUCCAGCUCCUUCACCGCUGGCUGGGGCAGCCGCAGGCACUGGGUGACGUCCAGCGGGAAGCCCAACUUCGAGCACCUGCUUCGGAAGUACGGAGACGUCGUUGUGCCCGUUGCCAACUGCGGGGUGCAGGAGUACAAUUCGAACCCCAAAGAACACAUGCCGCUCAGAGACUACAUCAGCUACUGGCAAGAGUACAUCCAGGGUGGCUAUUUCUCUCCUCGGGGCUGCCUCUAUCUCAAAGACUGGCACCUGUGCAGGGACUCAUCGGCGGAGGACGUCUUCACCUUGCCUGUGUACUUCUCAUCCGACUGGCUGAACGAGUACUGGGACUCUCUGGAUGUGGACGACUACCGCUUCGUCUACAUGGGGCCCACUGGCACCUGGUCACCGUUUCACGCCGACAUCUUCCGCUCCUUCAGCUGGUCUGUCAACAUUUGUGGGAGGAAAAAGUGGUUCUUCUUUCCUCCAGGGCAGGAAGAAGCCCUGCGGGAUUGCCAUGGUGGCCUGCCCUACGAUGUGACCUCCCCUGCACUCCUUGACCGCCGUCUGUACCCCACUCGUGAGCACUGCAGCCCCCCGCUGGAGGUCACGCAGGAGGCGGGCGAGAUGGUGUUUGUGCCCAGUGGCUGGCACCACCAAGUCCACAACCUGGAGGACACCAUCUCCAUCAACCACAACUGGGUUAAUGGCUGUAACCUGGCCAACAUGUGGCACUUCCUGCAGCAAGAGCUCUGUGCCGUGCAGCAGGAGGUCAGUGAGUGGAGGGACACCAUGCCUGACUGGCACCAUCAUUGCCAGGUCAUCAUGAGGGCUUGCUCUGGGAUCAAUUUUGAAGAAUUUUACCGCUUCCUCAAGAUCAUCGCUGAGAGGAGGCUUCUCCUGCUGGCGAAGGGGAUGGGCCCUGAUGAAGUGGAGGGUGAGGGUGGCGAGGGCACCGUGCUGGGCCCCCAGCAGGCUGCUUUCGACAUCGGCCGGAUUGCCGAGGUGCUGGCGUCUGUGGUGGCCCACCCAGACUUCCAGAAAGUGGACACUAGCAUGUUCUCGCCGCAGCCUGAGGAGCUUCUGAAGCAGCUAGAGGAGGUCGUGGUCACCACCACGACUCUUUAA